AUGAAGUGUGCAAAGCUUCACUUACAGCAAAGGGUUAAAGGGAAGCUCAAAAGGGAUGAUACCUCCACUCCAGAGAAACCUAGACGAUACUGUCAGAGAAAAUUGGUGAACCCAAACCACGAAGAAGAUCCUAGGUGGAUAGACAUCUUUGAUAGAUUCCACGUGAAUACGAAAAAUGAGGAAUAUAGUGAUGUGGUCGACAGCGUACGAGUUCCCCAAGAAAAUGAGGAUAUGGUUCUAACUGUACAAACCUUAAAGUUUCAAGGUGACGUGGAUCAAACCACACGACCCAGAACCAGUUUCAAAUACAAAAAGAACACAGACGUAAACAAACACAGAAUGUUUGUCAAACAACCUGUUAGCGAAAAUGACUUCAGUGAUGAUGAUGAUAGGUCAUCGCAGCUCACUUACUAUUACUUCGAUGAGUAUUUAAAAUACAUAUACAGCACUGAUAGAUCAAGGCCCGCCUCCAGCAUUUCUAGUACGUUCCUAAAAGGCUUCAACAAGGACAAACAGAUACAAAAUAAAGCAACACAAGUGGAAACAUCCUUGAACGACACGAAAAAACCCCGAAGAGUUGAAUCUAAAAUUAAAAAUAACGUAAAGAAAUAUUCUAAAAGACAAGUAACAGACGAAAUUAAAGACGUCGCCGAAACUAUAGAAAAUACGAAAAUUACUUAUCAAAAAAGUGGGAAAAGGAAAAGUCUGACGAUAUCUCGCGCUCAAAGUCCCGAGACAGUUCAAGUAAUUAGAGUUGAUGUUGUUUGUAAUUAUACAAACAGUGCUACAUCAGACUAUGAAGAUCAUAAAAAAAUUGACUCCCCAACAGAAAGGUUGGAAUCAAUUAAAGAAAAUGAUAAUAUUAUUAAGAAAAAAUAUUUCUCAAAUAAGUACAGUAAUCAUUUUGCGACAAAGUAUCUUUUGACGAACACAAUAAAGUCUCUAGAUGAGAAUCUGUCGGGUGGAGCUAAGGUGACACUUCUCUGUAAGACAUUUAAGUUAUCAGAUCGCCUCAUACCCGAGAAGCCAGAGAGAGAAAGAAAGUUUCCCAAAGCAACUAAAGGAAAAAAGAGUUAUAAAUUGAAAAGUAACAAAAUUAAGCAUCAUAACAUAAUUUAUUAG